AUGCCUCUAUUAUUUAUCAUAAUUUUUCAAUUAAUUAUAAAUGGAAUUAAAGCAGAGGAAAGGGCGGAAGUAGAUAUUAGGGUUUCUGGAGCUUGCAGUCCGAUUUAUUUGUCAAGGAGAGGAAUUGAUUUAGGCAAAUACCGUCCGUUGAUACGUUUCAAUCCGGAUAAAGUUCAACUUAUACCUAAAAACCCAGUAAUACCUGGAUGCGUUAAAAUAAAAGCAGAAGGUGUUGAAAUACUUAAACCUAUAAAGAAUUUAUUUGCCGAAAUAGAAAUGAGAAUUGGUGGAAGCCCAGACCCUAACAAUCCAACACUUCCUUGUACAAAAAGAAUUGAUGACAAAGUAAAUCAAUGUCCCUGUGCUAAAACAGAAGGAUCUUGGUUACUAAUUUAUUUAAAAAUAAUUUUUAAUUUAAUUUUUAAAAGUGUUUUUUGUGAUUUCUGCAGACAAUUACGGGCACAACAAUCAAAACUUUCCAUUACAGAAACAUCAAAAAGAAAAUUAAAAAAUAAAUCUGGAGAUGAAGAUUCUUUAGAAGAACAGUGUAAAUGUGAAACAAUGCAGCCAGGACUAUAUGAUAUUGAAACAGAAAUGUGUACUCCAGAAUUGGAUGAUACAAAACAAUAUAUACCUACAGAACUACAAAAUAAUGUUUUGGAAAAAACGCCUGUUUGUUAUUUAAUGAAAAUAAUUAUUUUUAAGAUUUUGUCAAGUCCAUUAAAAAUUAAACAAUUAUUAUUUUAA